UCAGUCGGCAUCGUGACUUCGGCGCGCGCACCUCCGCUUCUGCACUACUGCUGCUGCCAUUAGGAGAGCCUUCCGCGACAUCGAGUGAGCUGUGGCCGCCAUGCGUGCCCUGGCUGUGCUGAGUCUGCUGGCGGCGGUCUCCUCGCUGGGCCCGGCGCUCGCCCAGAAGGACGUCUACGACUUCGUCAUCGUGGGAGGCGGGUCAGCCGGCUGCGCGCUGGCCUCUCGCCUCUCCGAGAUCCCCGAGUGGUCGGUGCUGCUCAUAGAGGCCGGCGGCGAGGAGAGCAUCUUCAACCAGGUGCCGAUGCUGGUGUCGUACACGAUCCCGACGGCGUGGAACUGGGGCUACCGCACGGAGCGGUCGCCGGGCGCGUGCCUGGGGCUGCGAGACCAGCGCUGCACCUGGCCCCGGGGCAAGGUGCUGGGCGGCACCUCCGUCAUCAACUACAUGCUGUACACUCGCGGCUCGCGCAGGGACUACGACCUCUGGGAGGCGCUCGGCAACCCGGGCUGGGGCUACGGCCAGGUGCUGCACUACUUCAAAAAGUCUGAGGACCAGCGCAACCCCGUGCUGGCGGCCAGCCCCUACCACUCGACGGGUGGCCCGUUGACGGUGGGGGAGGCGCCCUACCACACGCCGCUCUCCCGAGCCUUCCUGGAGGCGGCCGCCUACCUGGGGUACCCGCUGCGGGACACCACCUCAGACCCCAACCACGGCUUCCAGUUCAUAGAGGGCACAACCCGAGCUGGCCAGCGGUGUUCCAGCAACAAGGCGUUCUUGUCGUCCAAAGUGCGCCGCCGACCCAACCUCACCAUCUGGCUGCGAACCAGGGCCCUCAAGAUCAUCAUGCAGAACGGCCGCGCCGUGGGGGUGCAGGUGGCCCGCAAGAGCCGCGCCCCGGCCGUGAGGGAGGUGCGCGCCCGCCGCGAGGUCAUCCUGUCCGCGGGGACUCUCAGCGACCCGCAGCUGCUGAUGCUGUCGGGCAUCGGGCCCAGCCAACACCUGCGCGAGCUGGGCAUCCCAGUGCUGGCGAACCUGUCCGUGGGCUACAACCUGCAGGACCACGUGGGCAUCGGCGGCAUCACCUUCAUGGUGAACGAGACGGGCGUCGGCCUGACCGAGGAGCAGCUGCGGGCGCUGCCCAACCUGGCGGCCUGGAUCACCAAGGGCCAGGGGCCGUUGACCGUGCUGGGCGGCGCGGAGGCGGUGGGAAUCUUGAAUUCGUCGCACAACGAACGAGGCCAGGACUGGCCCGACCUGGAGCUGCUGUUCGCUGGAGGCUCCACCAACGUGGACGAGGGCGGCCUCAAAAUGGCGCACGACCUCUCUGAUGAGGUCUACGACAAGGUGUACCGCCCCAUCAAGGGCCAGACGUCCUGGACCAUCUUCCCCAUAGGGUUGCACCCACACAGCCGCGGCCUGGUGCGCCUGCGGUCCCGCAACCCGUACGACGCGCCGCUCUUCUACCCCAACUACUUCGCGGACCCACGCGACGUGCGCGCCAUCGUGGAGGGCGCGCAGCUGGCGGUGCGGUUCUCCAGGACGCCGGCCAUGCGCCGCUACGGGUCGCGCCUGCACGACGUGCCCAUCCCGGGCUGCGAGCGGAUACCCUUCGCCACCGACGCCUACUGGGAGUGCCAGCUGCGGCACUACACCAUGCUCUUCCACCACCAGGUGGGGACGUGCAAGAUGGGCCCCCGCUCCGACCCGGACGCCGUGGUCGACGCCCGCCUCCGGGUCCACGGGGUGCGCGGGUUGCGCGUCGUGGACGCCGCCAUCGCGCCCGUGCUGCCCUCCUGCCACACCAACACGGUCGCCAUCAUGAUCGCCGAGAAGGCGGCCGACAUGAUCAAGCAGGACCACGGCAAGAUCUCGCUGGCGCACUGAGCGGUCGUCUCGCCGGCUGGCGCGUCUCUGCGCCCCAGCCGGGCCCUCUGUCUGCCUACCUCAACACCUUCCCCUUAUCUGUACCUGCAAUCUGCGUACUGAAACACUGUGCGCGUGGCGGAAGCUCGAUUGUGUAACAGUAACAUCACCCACCCACUCUCUUUAUACUACACUAACUGAUCAACUGGCGUUGCCCAGUUAUCUAUUAAUCCCGACUUCAUGGGACGAAAAGGUAUGGGAAAACAAUUCCCUGGACGUUUAGCUCUUCCAGAAGGUUCUAACGCUUUUUCGCAUUUCGUUAGACUAAAAUUGGACUUAAAGGUCAACAAGACAUCAGGGCUGUCGGCAGUGGCUCUGCUGCCGAAGACUCGAUGAUAGCAUUAUGUCGCUUUCUAUUGUUUUAACAUGGCAUCCUGUUCACUUUUUGACUCUAUCCAUACGAGUGCCAUGUCUGUCUUUUUCAGCUAGUAAAACAUAUGUAUAAUAAGUUACUUGCAGACGUUCUGGAGUUACAGACAUUUUAGUUAGAUGACUGUUAACAGCCAUCAAGUAUUUCAUGACGCCCACAUUUGACCGUCACCUGUCUUACUGUAAACCUUAAUACCGAUUUUUGUCUUAGACCUUCAUCAACUUAGAAAAAUGUUCAAAUAUGUAUCAAAUCUUAUGGGACUUAAGUGCUAAGAUCUUCAGUCCCUAAGCUUACACACUCUUAACCUAAAUUAUCCUAAGGACAAAUACACACACACCCAUGCCCGAGGGAGGACUCGAACCUCCGCUGGGACCAGCCGCACUUUCUUUUUUUUUUUUCAUCUUUCAUUCCUUCCCCUGACGGGAGAAGGCGGGCACAUGGAGAACCUAGUGUUCUUUGGCACAGAUCAACUUAAAAACAGUUCAAGUAAAUACAUCUCUUGUGUCAUUAUUUGACAGCGAGUACGUCGCAGGUGUUAUAAUACCCAGUAAAUUCCGGUCUAGUAAGUUCCCCGCAGGACAUUUACUGAAGCACUCAGUAGUCAUAUCAGUUAACAGGCAGUGUUUUGUAUCCCGCCUGGAAGGCGGCGCGUGGGUCUGCUAUGGAAAAUUUAAAGGUUGGCCGAAUGAAAGAGACGAGUAGGAGCAGCUGAGGUAAAACACUGCAUGUAAAGUUAAAGAGGUAAAGAGGCUUUUGUUGGUGACUGAAUAUAAACAGAUGCACACAUAGCUUUGUACAGAUGAGCACGUAGGUGCGAAGCCUUAGACCCGUCAUAAGUAGUGCAAAGUCGAUAUUCCAAGCGAAGCUGAAGUGAAGUGUCCCGUCCGUCUGCUCUUGACGAACUGGGCCAAAAUGGAGCGGCGCUCUUAGAACUGCACAGCGUCGGCUAGAGGGCGCUGUGGUCGGCGAAGAUCUUCCGCUCUCGUAGUGCCAACCUUAGAACGGGCACCUACGCUGUGACAUCGUACCUACCGAUACUACACAGUGUAUACACUAAUGAGAAGUCAUUAGGGUAUACUGUGCCCUGUUGAUGAGAAGUCAUUAGCGUAUACACUGCCGUGUUAACCGACGUCACUAUUGAGUGAACUUAAUAGUGUAGAAUUUAUUACAUACUAUAACACCUGAGUUGCAUUCAGUGUCAAAUUAUGACAUGAGAGAUGUAUUUUCUUGAACUGUUCGUAACCUUAUAUAAACUAGUUUAUGUUUAUGGUUUUCAAUGAAACAUCUGAUGGUCAAAUAUGAAUUUCAUGAGUUCUAACGUUGUAAUCGACUACACUCGUAUCCAUAAAUAUAUAUAUAUAUAUAUAUACUGAAUUGUCAUCAUGUGCAGAAUAUCUAACGAAGUACAGAUUUUGCAGAAAUGAAUCGAAAAGUUAUGUACGAUUACUCGCGCAAACUAAUGUUUACAGAGAUGUAAAUACUUUUAUGUAGCUCACAAAUUGGAAGUUUAAGGAACAUAAAACUAAAUAAACCAUACGUAAAAUAAUCAUAUUACAAAUAUUUCAUAGAGAUGGUUUGUCUAAAUGAAUCAUGUUGCUCUCAAUAUUUCCUUAGUGAACCAAGCGAAAGAGUGUUGUAACUUUAGAAACCCAGGGGUUGGCUGCUAGAGCUACUUUGCAAAUUUCGUCGACCGAAUAUGGCACACUUUCCCUUGUGUUUAUCUUCCAGGCAUUAUCAACAUGAAUCUGGAAGUCUCCCUUGCGGCCACUUUUCUGAUAUCUGGUAACCGCGGUUUCAGAAGAACAUGCUUUUGAACAAAUUAUCUGUAAUUUUCAAAUAUGAGGCUUCUGUAAACAUCAAGUAGCGAUGCGUUCCAUCAGCAAAUAUGCAGAAAACAAAGAACAUCUGUAUGUCGAAGUUCUUUAUUUUCUUUUCAUUUGUUCAUUAUGGUCAUUUCACUCAGAUACAAUUGGAAAAUCGGACUAAGUCUAUAGAACCAUCUAUGGACGUCUUUCUUUGGAUGUUCUCUUUCAUGUAGUCUGUCCUGUAGGAAAAUGAGAAUUUCCAUUACGCUCCACAUUGGGAGCAAAAACCUUGACGGAUCGAGCAUCGCUUCCUUCACACUUCUCUCCGCCUUCCAUUAACACUACUUGUCAGUAUUUCCACACUGACGAUAUGCACUCAAGAGUAGCUCGGACAAGCGUUUCGCUAGCGAUGUUAUCCUCGGAUGAACAACGUAUUAAUUCUCCCAAUGAAUCCGACUUACUGAUAAGUAGAUCCUAUCUUCAUUCGCUCCAGAUGAAUACCACUAGAGGUUUGACGAAAGUGACUGAUUCCAGUGAGUGGCCAACGAUGACGAUGUCAAACUAUACCAGGCUUUUUUUUUUCGCUGUAUCACCUUGAUCCGCGUCAGUUACAUGCUUUAAAGAAUAUUGGUGGUUGUGCAGUUGAACAAACUCGUUGUAGGACAAAAUUCUAAACGAGCUGUUCCUUUUGUUAAAAAUCUUCUUCGGCGAAUUAACGUUAUAUGUAAACGUAUACAUCGAAAUUAGUAAAGAGAUAUAGUUGACAGAGAGAGAUUUACUACUUGUAUGCAGCGAUAUAUCACACCAAAGCGUCAAAAUGGGCCACUGAAACCCUGGUCUCGGGUUCAACAAAAUCUUGAAACGCAGGGUUACGAAUUUAGUUGUCAACUGCUUUCCGUUAGCCACAUAACUGCAUAUGAAUUCAACUUCGUGCUUUUGAUAUUUGUAACUAAAAAACCAUUGCAGGUGCACAACAUUUUUACAUACAAGCGCAAUCGUCAUACCGUAUCAUUUGUGCCAAUGUUACUUUUACUGUUUUAUCAUUAGUUCUUUGUUGAGGCCGAUUAGAGUCUCAUUAAACUUAAUUACAGCUCACAGUGAUCAUUGGCUCCUUUCGGCCCACAAUUUCGUCCUUCUUCGUGUUUACUCCGAUCGAGGUUGCAUCCUGAAUUCUUAUCUGCUCGUAUUAUCCAGGCUUUCCCUAUCAUUUGUAGAAGACGUCUCUGUAGAACACAUUUCCAGAUCUGAUUGUCAUUAUUUCUAGAACAUAAUGGUUUUUUAUGACUUGUAUCCAAUAAAUAAAAUCUUAUUUAGAGUCAAACCUACGGCUUUCUUUUAUCUGAGGUGACGAUAAAUUGGCACAUUUUUGCGUAUUGGUUCUGUGGUUUUCCUGGUUCAUCUUAAACUUCAUUGUUGAACCUUUUUAUUUGAUAUCAUACCCUUAAUAGGGUCCGAGAACUCUUAGUGAUCAUCCGCGAUUUUCUAGCUUUGAGCUCGCAUACAAUUUGAUUAUCAGCGUCUGGCUUGUACUGAAACACUGUUAUGCUUCUUUCUUCACACUAACAUGUCUGACCAUAUCUGUGACAUCCUCAAUGAUUGUUUAUUUACUCCGUCUGUACAUACAAGGGUGGAAUAUUCUGUGAAUGUGAAAUAAUCUGGAGUAGGUUGUUACAACUGUUUAAAAUAUAGUUAUUGUGUUUUACCUGUAGGUUACUUUUUUCUGUGAUUGUCUAUGCAUUUCAUCCACAAGCCGAUACCAAAAGCAGUACGCCACCUGCAACAUACUUAUGCCAUUGUCGGAAAACACCUAAUUUGUAACAUCUGCAAAAAGGGAGGGAAAAAUAUCACAUAGUAGCUUUGACACUUACUGUGGUUGCUGUGGACGUGCUCGUAGCCUUGUGAUAAGGGAUAUUAGGUUUUUUGAUAGGCUUUAUUGCACCUUCUUCAUUUUUGGUGAACUAUUUACGCCAUUCAGUUGCGUAUUUUAAGGCCUUUGACAAAAACAGUUCAAUUCAUUAAUUUAUAAGCAAAUUUAAUGUGAUGUGUAAUAAACACAUAAACUCAUCUAUAUCUUCUAUAUUCAAUAAAUUUCUAUCAGUUAUUUUUGAUGUGAAAUAAACAGUCAUCCCCUGUCACAACUGUAGAGAGGAACGUUUGGUUGAAGGCGAACUUGUAACUGUUUUUUUUUUGUCAGAAAACUAGCGCCGUGAUUUUCCUCUAAUGAUGUUGAACUAUUUUUCUCCAGUUUUUUCUAGUUUCACAGGCACUCAGAAACAUGAUCGCAACUGUAUAAAGAGUUACUGCGUCAGACUGGUUUUACGGCGGUAUAUAUUGGUAUUUUAGGAGAUCAGUUUUCGUUGUGACUUACGGUAGGACACUUCGAGUUCUCGUAUUUGUUCCCGAUUCGCUGCCUUGCCCACUCUGUGCCCGUGCGAUCUGCUCUAGGUAGUGAAAUUUGUUUACUCCGAUGAAGUCUUCUUGUUUCAUAACGUUGAUGGGGCGUUUUCAGCUUUCUCGAAGGAUACCUGAAAACCAUUUUCUUCAUUAAUUUGUGUUAUCAGAUUUGUUAGGUGUUGUAACGCUGAUUUUUGAAUGUUUACUUAUGAAAUAUGCUUUCUGCCACUUUCCAAGCGUUUUAAAGAGUAAAAGAAUCCACUAUAUUCCGAGUAUUCCCGGUACUUUCUUCUAUGAUAUCACAUUGACGCUAUCUCGAUUUAGGAUUGUUUGAACAAAAGUUUAACAUAACAGAGUCAACUGCUGACUUCUUGCCUUCCAUGAGAUAUUCUAGAUUUCAUAGCAUUUUAUUGUUAUCAUAUUGUGCCUGUCUGAUAUGACAAAUGACUGCCCAUUAUUGUACAAUAAUUUACGUAGAUUAGAAUAAGAUACCGAUAAUUAAUCUAGCCUUAGAUUUGUGUCUUACUAAACAGCGUAUUUUAUUUACACGUAGCUUAAAGUUAGGUCUGCUAUGACACGCAAUGCCAAGGUGUAGGGACUACACAUUAACAAGCCUAAAGAAGGCAAUCAUCAUUUGAUUUUCAAAGCCUGAGUUAAGAAUGACGAAAGCAGCGUUAAUACCGAGCAGAUUCCCACCCCCCCCCCCCUCCCCUUGCCCUCCAAAUGCAGUCACGUUAGUACAUUUACCGUAGAAUCCAUGUUUAACCAAAGGAGUUUCAGUGACAUCAGAAAGCAUUGAAUAUCGUAGAUUUGUCACUUCUAGCUCAAUAUAAACAUUAAUGAAGAGUGAAACCAUACAAUUCUGAUCCAAAACGUUGUUUGUAAUUGGUUUCCAGCAACGUCUGAAGGAAAUGGAAAACUAUGGAAGCAACUGGAGUACCCUUCUUCGUCGAUUGUGGGCUCAUAGUGUCUUGUUAAGGUUUUCCUUUCGAAUGUUAAUAGUACCUCAUCAUCAUUUUUAGUAAACGUUAAAACGUAAUGUUGACAUAGUAAUAAGGCAUUGCAGCUGAUUUGUAUCAGCGAAUUUUGAAGUUCAUGGUAAGAGUUCUUUUUCUUUGUUACGACUUGGUAUAAAUGUAAGGCGUUCUGUCAGUAGACGGUAGACAUACAUGUGUGUGUAUAUCUGUUGUGUUCUUGCUGAAUAUACUCGCUACGUACGUGUCGUGGUCAACUCUACUGAAUGUUAGUUCAUUUGCGGCUAAAGGUGCAUCAGUUAGGAUUUUCUUACUUUUCCCCAGUUAUUUUACAUUCUUCACAUUAACGCACAGUUCGGCUUCCUCAGCAGUUAUAAAAGGUGAACCAAAUUGACGCUCGGACGCUACAGCGCCAUUCCUUGCAUAUUUACAGUACAGCAAUUUCUUAAAAAAAAAAAAAAUCUCGCCCCGUACAUAUUGUCGGUAGAAAACAGACGUCAAAGAGAGGCAGUCUGUCAACACUUUAAUCUCAUGUUCGACAGUGAAUCUUCAUUUAAUAGUCUAAAUGCAGGGCAUGUUGACCAGGUAGGGCAGUGGAUAGAGUUCUGCGUUAGAAUACUCGAGUUCGGGUUACAUAUCGGGUCAGGGUGCAACUUUUAUGAUUUCGUGUGUUUACUCUGCGUGAUAUGAUACUUGGUCUCUCAACCGUUGAACAGCAAUUACAGCAAAUCUUAUACAAAACACUUGCAGAUAAUUAGUACUUGCACAGAAAUGAGGUUACAAUCGUUUUCGUUAUUCAACUUUUAAGCGAAGAGUUCAGAGGAACGUGGUCUAUCUAGCGAGUACUAAAUGUUUGGAGAUGCAGUGAGGUCCAGUUGAGCUCUGAAAACUGCAUAUGUUUUGUGAAAGACAUGUUGCCACAGGCAGUGUUUUUAAAAUAUUACAGCUGGCCCCUAUUACUCAACAUCCAUAAGUUUUGUAAUUAUUUCUGUCUUAUAACAGAUAAAGUACUUUGAAUGGUACUAAAACGGAAACAUUUCCCAAUGUUAUGCAAAAUUAUAUUUAUCCGGUUACGAACCGGCUUUCGGAUUUUUAGGUUAUCUUCAGCUGACAACUAAAUAUCGCAAACACAGAUAAAAUCAUUUACGACUUCCACAGAUAGUGUUUACUCAGAAGAUAGAAAGAUACAAAAAUGAUGACAUAUAGAGUAUUUACGCAGGAAAGUAUUGCCACAGUCUAUUACAGCCUUAACACUCCAUCUAGUUUUUCUUACCCACUGCUAUGUAACGCGCCAAGCGGCCAGCAAGUUACACUUCUGAACAUGACGUCGGAUGAGUACGAAUGCUAUCAUUUAUUCUGAUUUGUAACCUUAUUUUUGCAAUAGAGAGCGUAUGUAGUGGCACAAAAGUCUACAAUAGCUAAAAACUGAUACUAUAUUUGUCAUUAUUUAGUUUCCUAAGGACCAAGGAAAGUAUAAAACGGUACACUACAGGACACUAAAUUUACGAUUAUCUUGUGCCGUAUAGAUAUUUAAUGAAGGGAGUCGUUUUCCUUUAUGGACUAAAAAUUGCUAGUAAACACCAGAAGACCAGAUCUUUCGCAGAAAGACCUCUUAUAUCUGCUCAACAACGAGAAGUUUUGUUCGUUGCACUUCCUGCCAGAUCAGUGAACGUGGAGCGUAGGAAACUUGUCUGGAAUGAAGUACCUGUAGUAUUUAAAGUACCAAAUAUACCAAACCAGCUUUAGAUGAAAGGAAAA